AUGGCUUUGAAGAAUGGGCAUGAGCAUGAGAAAAGCAGGACCUGUGGUCCAGAGGGUACCAUCAUUCCCAGAGGUCUUAAACAGAGAGCCAUUCUCUGGAACAAUUGCAAUUUACAGGACAACUUAGCAGUUGCUCUGCGGCUGGCAGUGGUAGUUGGAAAGAUCUGUGAGAAGCUGGGAAUCUGCUCAGUGCCAAAAUGUAUUCGUGUUUUAUUGUUUUUUUACUUUUUACUGACACCAAUCAAGAAGGAUCCAAAGGUUGUAGUAAAAAACUUAUGCUUUGGGACAAUACCCGUGAGAUUGUAUCAACCAAAGGCAGCAUCUACAAGUCUCCGGAAAGGAAUUAUUUUCUUCCAUGGAGGUGGUGUGGUAAUUGGGAGUCUAGAUGACUACAAUAGUCUGUGCUGCUUCUUGUCCAGAGAAACUGACUCAGUGGUUCUGUCAGUUGGUUACCGUUUGGCUCCAGAGCAUAGGCACCCUUCUGCAUUGAAUGACUGCAUAGCUGCUUUCAUCCACUUUCUGAAAACCCUGGAAACCUAUAGCGUUGAUCCUUUUCAUAUCAUCCUAUGUGGAGACAGUUCUGGAGGGGCAGUCACAGCUACUAUUUGCCAAACUGUCAUGAGCCAAUCAGAUCUCCCCAAGAUACGAGCACAGAUUUUGAUCUACCCCUAUCUCCAGGGAUUUAAUUUCCAGCUACCUUCGUAUCAGCAGUACAAAAAUGUUUUAUUCCUCACCCGGGAUGUUGCCAUUUUCUGCAUAUUCCAAUAUUUUGAUAUCCCCUUAUCUUGGAAAACCGCUAUUCUGAAUGGUGCCCAUCUGUCCCCUGAGAUGCGGAAGAAGUGUGAGGAAAUGAUAAAUGCAGACAACAUUCCGAAGAGGUUUAAAGAGAGAGGCUACCAGCCCAUGUCAUUUAGCCCUUUUAAUGAAGAAGUUUACAUGGAAAGCAAACAGCUGUUAAACACAAUCAGUUCACCCCUAACUGCUGAUGAUGACAUCAUUGCCCAACUCCCUCAAACCCUGCUUGUGAGCUGUGAGUUUGAUAUCUUACGGGAUGAUACCCUGUUGUACAAGAAGAGGCUGGAGGAUCAGGGGGUGCCCGUGAGCUGGCACCACAUUGAAGAUGGUUUUCAUGGAGUACUUCUCACCUUUGACAAAAAGUACUUUUGCUUCCCCUGCUCCUUAAAAAUUCUGAAUAUCAUUGUCCAUUUUAUAAAGAACCUGUGAAUCCCACUCCAAAGAUUUUAAAGAAAGACUGGCAAGUAUGGACUCUAUUUAAAGUUAGGUUCACUGUUGGGUUUCAUUUUAUUGAUUUAGGAGAUAGGGCAAGUUCUGCGGCUGACAGGGAAGAGAUUGGGAAUUUAGUCCUGUGUUAGACACAGGAGAUUCAUGGAAGAGUGAAGAAAGACUGAAAAAGUGCUUGUCCAUAGACAAGCAAUGGGCAGUGGGAAGACUAGGCUGGAAAUCGUCAUCAUCUUUUUUAAGUCUAUAUUGGCAUGUGCCUGAGAUAAAAUCAGCCUAGAAAAAGGCAUGGAUAGUGCCAGGGUGAUGAAGCCUCUGGGUGUCUCUGGUAGCCUAGGAAAGUCCUACAGGCUGUCUGUGACUUUUAGUGGCUUCUUUGUGCCCAAAUGGGGAACUGAAAAGAUGAAGCUCUUGGUCAGUGGGGACAAUUUAAUUCUUUGUAUCCUCAGGGUCUAGAGAAGUGGCCCGGAGCCAGAAAAGCCAGAAUUUAAGUCCUGUCUCUGACACAUACUCCUUAUAGGACCCUGGGCAAAUCACUGAAUCAGUGUGCAAGGCAACUUUUUUUCUUUUUUUUUUGGCCAAGUGACUUAUCCAGGGUUACAUAGCUAUUAAGUGUCUGAGGCCAGAUUUGAAGUCAGUUCCUCCUGAUUUCAGGGUCAGGGCUUUAUCCAAUGUGCCACCCAAAUGCUCCCCUCUAGGCAACUUUCUAAGUUUUUAAAUGAUAAAGGUUAGGAAAUACUCACAGAGAACUUCUAAAAUUCUCAGUCCAAUCUUUAUCCAUAUACAUAAACAUAUAUGUAUAUAUACAUAGGCAUACAGAAACAUGUAUGUAUAAAUUAGAUUGAUAGAUUGAUACAUAUAUAAGUACAUGAUUCUAACGUAAUUUUAUUAAGAUAUUUUAAUGGCUUUCACAACUAUCAAAGAUACCAAAGAUUUGAAGUUUCAAAUGAAAGAAGUAAUUAAUUGUCUGUCCUAAUUUAUAAUAUUCUUGUUUAAGUCCCAUAAACCAAGUAUGCAAUAAUUUUUGUUGAAAUUCAGCUCAGUUUUCAUCUUCCCCGACAAUGAUUAUUUAUAUCUGCAAACUAACCAGAAGAUUAAAUUUUUCCUUUCCUAAGGAAGAAUUGCAAGCUAUUAAUCACCAUAUGAAAGGCUGCUCCAAAUCAUUAAUAAUAAGGAAAAUGUGAAUCAAAACAACUUUAAUGCAUCAAAUUACAACCAACAAAUGAGAAAGAAUAACAGACAAUGGUAAUAGUCAAUAUUGGAGGGGCACAUAAUACAUACAUAUUGAUAAAGCUGUGAAUUGAUCUAAUUAGGCUGAAAACAAUCAGGAAUUUUAUGCAACGCAACUAAAAUGUCCAAGUUAUUUGAUCCAGAUAUUCUAUUAUCAUUCUCUCAUAAACAUUUAUUAAGUUCUUACUUUAUUAUGUGCCAGGCAUUGUAAUGACUAAAAAGGUUUGAGAGAGACAUAAUUUUGGGAUAAUUAAGAUGUUUUAUUAAUAAUGACAGCAUUUAAACAAAAGGAUGGUCAUUUGGCCUAUAAGAAGUUAAUUAUGUCUUUCUUGUAUUUGAUUAUUGUAUUAGGACCAAGGGUUUCCCCCUUUUUUUAUGUCCUUAUCUAGAAACCAGAAAACCCUUAAAAGAUUUAUCGAGGUUAAGAUGUAAUCAGACAGUAAAAGAAAUUCUAAGUUGAGGCUUGUGAAAUGACCAGGAAUACUCAUUGUGUUGCUCAAACAAGUCUGAGGAAAGGUUUACUUCCUUAUCAUCAAAACAGGUGAUGGUAAAUUAAUGUUUCUGACCAGUAUUUGAGUAACCUAAGUCACAGUCCCCAAGAUCUUCAUUUUUAUACAGCCCACACCUCCCAUUGUGUUAAUCAAUUCAAAUUUAUUGCUAUCCCUCAGGAAGGCCUAUUAUUCAAAGGGCAUAUAAAAUUUGACUUCACUGCCAUUAGGAGUCUUUGGUCUAAGUAAGCAGGUCAAAUUACUUUGCUUUUAUUAAUAAGCUUUAGUUCCUAUUUAUAAAAUGAUUAAAUUGCCCAGAAUAUCUAUUGAACAUUUUUAAUUGUCACAGGCCAUCUCUCAGACUUUAAAGAUUAUUAUGGCAGCAAGCUGACAGGGAUAUGCUGGAAAGUGCUGCUGAAUAGCUCCUCUGUAUUUUUUAAUUCUUUGUUAUAAAGAGAUGAUUUUUGGGUGGAAGAAUGUAACUUCUAAUAAAUAAAAACUUUGUGGUGAAUAUUUGAUUUUUUCUAGUACUUAAGUAUAAAACCAUACAAUUUUCCUCCUACCUCUCUGAAAGCCCCUUCUCUGUCUCCUUUGCUGGAUACUUUUCUAGAAUAUUCCCUCUAACUGUAGAUGUCCCUCAGAGUUUGGUACUGGGUUCCCUUAUUUUCUUCUAUACUACCUUCACUUGGGACCUCAUCAAUUUCCGUGAAUUUAAUUGUCAUCUAUAUACUGGUGAUUCUCAAAUCCACCUUUCCUGCCCCAAAGCCUCUGGGUACCUUUCAUGUGACAUCGAACUGCUCUUCAGAUAUCUCAAACUGGAUUUUCUUUUUUUUUCUAUUUUAUUUUAUUUUAUAAUAACUUUAUAUUGACAGAAUCCAUGCCAGGGUAAUUUUUUUUACAACAUUAUCCCUUGCACUCACUUCUGUUCCAAUUUUUCC